AUGUUCCAAACCAGCCGUCUGGAUUUGCGCGAAUACAGAGCCACAGACCUCGAACCGCUCGCCGCUCUUUGGAACGAUGACGAAAUCCAGCGGCUCACGUUCGCCUCAUGGGGCAUCCAACCGCGGACCAAAGAGUACUACAAGGAGGAGCUCAUCAAUAUACUCACCAAAGAUCCUUCCCUUUUCGCGAUUGCCGAGCACAAAGAGACGCAUGAGUUUGUAGGGUUCAUCGCGCUGCGCGUCGAGGCAGGAAAGAACAGAAAUGGGGACAUCGGAAUCACGCUCAAGCGAGAGUGGUGGGGGAACGGAUACGGGACGGAGUUGUUGGAAUGGAUUGUCACGCACGGGCUCAAAGAGCAAGGACUGCAUAGGAUAUCGCUGCAAGUCUUCGGAAUCAACGAGAGGGCGGUCGAAGUAUAUCGGAAAGUAGGGUUUGUCGAAGAAGGGAGGAUGAGAAAAUCAAAUUGGGUAGCAGGAAAAUGGGACGACAUCAUUUUCAUGAGUAUUCUCGAAGACGAGUGGGAUAUUGAGACGGGCAAACCGAAGCAGAAACCUGGAGUUUCUACAUAG